CUUCCACAGCUUGUGUCUAACUGGAUCGCUUUCAUCUGUGUGAACACGGUUGGAAUAUUUGUCCACAUCCUAAUGGAACAUGCGCAAAGAAGGGCUUUCUUGGACACUCGGAACUGUAUUAACACUCGACUUGAGAUGGAGGAUGAAAACGAAAAGCUGGAACGUCUUCUGCUGAGUGUUCUUCCCCAGCAUGUUGCCAUGGAGAUGAAAGAAGAUAUUAUCAGUCCUCGUGAAGGGCAAUUUCACAAGAUCUAUAUCCAGAGACACGAGAAUGUGAGUAUUCUGUUUGCAGACAUUGUUGGAUUCACAGUUUUAGCUUCUCAGUGUUCAGCUCAAGAACUGGUUCGCUUACUGAACGAACUGUUUGGAAGGUUUGACCAGCUGGCCAGUGACAACCACUGCCUAAGGAUCAAACUUCUUGGAGAUUGCUAUUACUGCGUUAGUGGACUUCCCGAGCCCAGGUCAGAUCAUGCUCAGUGUUGCGUGGAGAUGGGACUAGACAUGAUCGACGCUAUAGCAUCAGUAGUGGAGACUACGGACGUUCAAUUGAACAUGCGCGUUGGAAUCCAUACUGGUCGAGUACUCUGUGGUGUCUUAGGCUUGAGAAAAUGGCAGUAUGAUGUAUGGAGUAAUGAUGUUACAUUAGCUAAUAACAUGGAGGCUGGGGGAGAACCUGGGCGGGUUCACAUCACCCAAGCCACACUGGAUUUUCUACGAAGUGAAUACGAAGUAGUGCCAGGUUAUGGAGGCAGCCGGAACUCCUACUUAAGGGAGCAAAAUAUCCAAACCUACUUUAUCAUCCCACCUCCUUCACGAAGAAAGAUGUUUCUACUCAAAACGUUACAAGUGCGCCACCUAAGGGGACCAGGAGGCAAAAGGAAGUUGUCCUUUAAGAAUGUAUCUAAUGUGGUACUUCAACUGAUACACUCUAUCAAGUUUAACGUGGAUGUUCCGUUCUCGAAUAUAACUGCUGCUCAGCCACAGGCUGAAAAACCGGUGGUGAAAAAGCCAAAGAUGACAGAUAUGUUUCGAAAACCUUUCAAAAGGAGACACUCUGCUGAUUAUCAUCAACCAACCAAUCGAGUCAACAAGUAUUUGGCACAGGCCAUUGAAGCCAGAAGCGUGGACAUGGAAAAAGCCACACAUGUGAAUGUUGUCACGCUUUGUUUCAAAGACAAACGAAAGGAAAUGCAGUUCCAUGAAGAGAAAGAUCACGGUUUUGGAAACAGCGUGACCUCCUGCUUAGCUGUGUUGCUAUGUUUGGGAUGCGUUCAAGCUAUUGUAUUACCAAGAACUAUUGUGCUGGUUGUACUGUUUUUAACUGCAUUUAUAUGGAUGACCGUUAUCCUUGGCCUGGUGUUGGCUGCAAAAUCUAAGGUCAUAACAUGGGACGUUAGAAAAUCUUUUAUUUCCAGACUAGCCGCUACGGUUUUCGCCGUGAUCUUGAUAUACGCAGUUGCUCAAGCAAACGUGUUCUCGUGUGUUGCUGAGCCUGUUUGUGCGGAAACCACAUCAAAUGUCACACAAGCUCCACUGUAUGUUGACCAUCGGUCAUGUCCACUACCCCAGUACAUUGUCAUCAGCUGCUGUCUUGCUUUCCUUCCCAUAGUUGUAUUUCUUAAACUAUCCAUUCUCCUCAAGGGGGCGCUGCUCUUACCUAUGACUAUAAUCUACUGUCUGAUUACUGAGUUAACACAUGCUCCACUCUUUGACUGUUACGACGUGCGAUUAAGACCAGCCGUUCCGUUACAUAUAUUUGGACUCGUGGCCAUUGGUCAGUUUUUGCUGGCUGUAUUGGUACAAGGCCGCCAGGUUGAAUGGACAGCAAGAUUGGACUUUUUAUGGAAUGUACAGGCUAACGAAGAAAAGCAUGAGAUGCACCAAUUGCAGAAUAAUAACCGACGUAUUCUGUUCAACCUUUUACCGGCGCAUGUAGCAAUGCAUUUUCUAAACAAUCAGCUAAAAAAUAAUAUGGAACUUUAUCAUCAGUCUUAUGCCAAAGUUGGCGUCAUGUUUGCCUCCAUACCAAACUACCACGAGUUUUACAUGGAACUCAAUGCUAAUAACCAAGGUGUGGAAUGUUUAAGGCUUCUGAAUGAAAUUAUCGUCGACUUUGACGAGCUCUUAGAUGAUGAGAGAUUCAAAACUAUCGACAAGAUUAAAACAAUCGGAAGUACCUAUAUGGCCACGAUUGGUCUUAUACCAGAUUGUCGCAUUUCUGAGGACAACAACGUUGAAGCGGCAAAGUAUAUCAGUAACUUAGUGGAACUGGUAUUUGCCAUGAGAGACAGACUCGCGGAUAUAAAUGAAAAUUCUUAUAAUAACUUUAUGCUACGCGUAGGUAUCAAUGUAGGACCUGUCGUAGCAGGGGUCAUUGGAGCAAGAAAGCCGCAGUAUGAUAUCUGGGGUAAUACCGUUAACGUAGCCAGUAGGAUGGACAGUACUGGUUUACCGAACCACACACAGGUGACGGAAGAUGUCUAUGUGCUACUGAAAGAUUACCCAUACGUGUUCCAGUGUAGAGGUCGUGUAAAGGUUAAAGGAAAAGGAGAUAUGACCACCUACUUUCUAAUUGGUAGAAAAUCGCCUGAAGCGAAAUCACCGACCAGUAGUUCCCCAGAGCGUUCAGAAGACCCAGAGGGGCAUCACAGAGAGAAUCCUUCUUCGCUACACCAGUUAUCUAACAGUAGUAGACAUAACAGUGAAUGGGGGAGUAUGUCGAAUGAUGGUGGAGACAGUGCUCUUAAAACCAGGAAAGUGCACAAAAAUCACGAAUUAGAAACAAUAAAACAGGAAAGCCCCAAUGGUCAUUCGGUUUCGUCCAUGCAGUCGGUUGUUGAUUUCCAAGAACUGAAAUUUCAUAACUAUGCAUUUCAAUCUAACUCCUGCUCUUUUUCGAAAACUUGUCCUAUCUUUCGUCUUUCGGAGGUUCUCUCUCUAUCUGAAUCAUUACUAGAUAUUCGGAAUUCCUGUUUGGCUACUGGCCAGAAUUCCGUUGCAGUUUCUUUUGCCAGGAAGACCGGUAUCAAAAGCAUAUUCCUUCAAAAAAGUAGCACCGACUUUUCUAAGCUGACUCAAGUUCUUCAACUUAUUAAAUAUGGGUCACAUAUACAAGAAUCCUGGGAAUAUUCUGAAGUCGUAUAUUUCUCUUUUGACCACUCUAUUGCUAUUUAUUCAAUGAACCAUGCAAUUAUUGACAUUGCGUUAGUAUUUCAUGGAUAUUUUAUUCGUGAAAUUUCCCGCUUAAUUUCUGAACAAGAGAACAACUUAUCAUUAACAAGUAACGUGAAUUUCAACAAAAUAGAUAAGAAAAACAUAUUCGUUUUAGGUUUCAAAAGCAAGAAUGAUUUGGCUCAAAAAAUUUCCACCGAAACAGUACUUUCAGAAAUUUAUCAGAAACGUUUAAUAGAACCGGAUUGUCUAAGAAAAGGAAAUUUCAACAUUUUAAAAUUAAAUAAAUGUUCAUAUCUGUCUGAACAGAAACAAGAGAUUGCCCUCUCUCUUAUCACAAACAAAACUCUCUCAACUGAAAGUUGGACAAACAUUAACUAUAAUUUACUGAAUCGGGUGAAUAAAAAUACCAUAAACAUUCAGCCAUUCUUAGAAAAGUUAAGCAGCUUUCUUUACGUGACAAAAUUCGAAGUUUCUCAUGAGUUAUACAUUAUUAAUGUGACUCAGUUUCACUCAUGCAACAUAACUCUUUACCCUAUAUUUGAUUUACAUGAUAAAACUUUAGCACCAAAUAAACAUUCUGGUCAUCUACCAGACACAAAAAUUGGGAGUUUACUGAUAUAUGGAUUUCUCUUGAACACAAUCAGUUCCUUGUGCAGAUCUGAUAAGAAUAUAAAGGAGAACAUUGAAAGGCACAAAUUUGAUGCAUCAAAUACUUUAACACAUAAAAAAGGAAAUAAAAAAGUCCUGGUAUGUGACAGAAAUGGCAUGCCUAAAAGCUUUGGAUCUAACAGUGAAUACAUCAAAGAUAACAGAUGUGAAAAUGACGUUUCUCACACAAAUCUUGGUAAUGAAUACUCUAGGUUUAAAAAUGACGUUUUGACUUCAGAAACAUUCGCUAUUGAAAAAAAACGAGGGUUUGCCUAUACAGAUUAUUUUAUCAGUGGUUGCUACUCGAUUAGCAUCGCUUACAGUGAUGGUUCUGUCUGGUCACAGUGUCAUCAAGCUAAGGAUAACAAGCUUCGCUAACAUUUCUUGUCUUACAGGAGGGCUACUGUUAAAAAUAGACAAACAUUACCGAAAUGUUUUAACAACUCACGACAUCUACUUUGUAAAUUUGAAAGAGCUGUUAUUUAAUUUUGCCGAAACUCAUUUGCCAAAUUUACUUUAUGUGAUACGUACUUGCUUUUGGAUUUCAGAAAUGCUGUUUACGUCUUUUUACUAAUAUCUUAUUCUCAGCAUUUACCUUGAUGUUUGGUGCCAUAUUUUAGAUUAAACGUAAAAUAGAUAUUAGCUUCGUGACAGAACAAGCAUAGAAUUCAGUAAACUAUGAAGUGAGCUUCUUACUGGUGUUCAGAUGCCGGGAACUGUGGUUUAGAUCGAAACUACAAUACAUAUUUUACAGUUAUAGCUUGGAGCUGUGUAAUGAACUCACUGAUGUAAUGUAACAAAUAUUAUGAUUUUUGGCUUUGUGAAAAAGACCAUUUGUGUUCUGGUGGUCUAUUCAAUGAUGACGCAUGUUCUAUGUUAGAGAAACUGAUGACUCUAAUCUAUUGAUUUGCAACUCAAUAGACCUGUGGAAUCUUUUUUCAAACGCCUUCUUUCGUGAUGUUUGGACAAAAAAAAUAAGUUAGCGUAAUAGGUUCGUUUAGUCUAGUGCCAUAGGUCAUCAAUUUUGGCAACUGAUGAUUUGUUAUAUUUAAAAUCUUUACAUUUAAUAUUAGUAGAUUAGCAUGUCUAUGUAUAAUGGCAUUACCCCUAGUACUUUGGUAACGAAAUUAAUCAAUAAAAACAUAAUAGCGUAGAGCUUAGCGGAUAGGCUUAGAACACAGAAUUUGUUAGAUAUAACUUAAGAAGAAUCGCUUUUUAACACUAAUUUCUUCAAUCGAAAAGGAGUGUUAGUUGGCUGUAUUACAAAUAUCUACAUUCAUUUUUUUUUAAGUAACACCAUUUAUAGCAUCUUUAUGCUCGUGGGCCAGUUUAUUACCUAGAUGGUAGUCUGGGGGCUUAAACUAUAUAACCAGGUAAAGUACUUUCAGAAUUUGAUUAUAAUUCCUACCGUCUACUAUAGACCCUCAGUUAAUUAUAUGACUUUUAAUAAAUAGCUGAGUUAACAUUUAAACAUUCUUAGAACCGUUACGGAACUGGUUCGCUUGAUAUAGGUUUCGUUUUCCAUUUCUAUUUUGCCACUUUGGCAAAAUAAAGUAUAAUUUAAAAAAAAAUAGGGGUCGAAUAAAAUCCCUUCGCGGGCUGCCAAUUUGUCCCUCUAUGGUGUAUUGGUGAAUGAGAUAACAGCGUGAAAAAUGGUUUCAUGCUUUUAACCUAAAAGCUUGUUUGUUUGUAAUUAAGCACAAUGGGCUAUCUGUGCUCUGCCCACCACGGGUAUCGAAACCCGGU